AGCACCUUACGGGAGGAGAGGGCGGUCGCGGUUAAGGGCGCCCCAGGGUCCUGCCUGGAGCUGCGGGCGCUGUGAGGCGCGGCCCGGCUCCGCCUGCAGCGAUGGCACAACUCGUAGAGCCUUAAAGGAAAGAUCUUGGGUGGACAAGGCAUUUCCCUGUCCUCACAGGACUCAGAGCUCUUCUGAAAAUGUUAGUUUUGGGGUACUUUCUUUGUGUUUGUGCUGACCUGCCUACUUAGGUGUUUAAGAGUCUUUCAUAGCUUGAAUUAUCAAUGGUGUGUUUUCAUCGUUGUUUUAUUACUGUUACUGUUGAACGUAUGCGAGGGUUGAAAAGAAUGCUUAGCCUGUAGCAUGCUCAAGGCAGAAGCAAUUGCAGAAAUUUGACACAAUUUUAAUUCAAGUUCAGCUGCCCUGUGGGGCUUAAAACAGUUUGUCUCCUUCCGUGAACAAUUAACCUCCCCGACAAUCAGAGAGAUUUGCCCUUGUGCCUCCGUGGAGAAUAUGCCGCAGAUUUACCUGUGGCCUUAGGCAUUUUGUCUCAUUGACUGACACGAGCGAGUCCUUCUGGUAAGGUGCCUUAUGCUGCUGGAUUCGGGAAAUGUUCCGCUCGCUCAGUUUAUGGGAUGUGGGUUGGGCCUGGGCCAGCUUCAGUGACUGAACGGACUGUUUGGUUCAUGGGUUGUUUUGGUUUCUCUUCAGGCAGACAAAUUAUUGGAAUCAUUGAAGCAACACUUUGAAAGGACGAAUGAAGAAAGUGAAAAUAUGGGUCCUGUAAAGAGUGCAUCUGCUUCCAUUAAAUCGGAUGAACUGAGCAAUCAGGAGGAAAUGUCUGAUUCAGUGUGUGUCAUUACAAAAAGACAUGGUCAGGAUAAGAAAAUAACCAGGAAAAAGAGGAACUCCCAUGAGGAAACUAACACCAGUGAGGAAAACCCAAUGCUUUCUGAUGAGAAACAGGCGCAUUCUGAAAUGAAAGAAAAUGAAGUGCCUCAGGGGGAGCACAAAAAGGGACAGAAGAUAUCACAAAACAGAAUCCAAAUAACUGAAGAGAAAGCUAUUGAGAAUCCAGGGAUGGGUGCUGGGCAGAAGAAACAGGCAGAGAAGGCUUCUGCUAAAGGCAGGGGAGGACAACGUAAUGCUCGUCCUGCAGGAGGGAAGAUCCCUUUACAUGUAGGCCGUGCAGCCAGGUCUGCAGGAGGGACAGCCACCACACCAAACUUCAAAAAGUUGCAUGAGGCUCAGUUCAAGAAAAUGGAAUCUAUUGCUGACUACAUUGAGAGGAAAAAAAAACUGAAUGAAAGUUGCAGUUCAGUCAAGAAACAAGCCAGUGGCAAAAGAUUUUUAUUCAGCCCAAAUGCAGAAAGAGGCAGGUUCUCCACCACCAGCACUCCUUGUAAUGUCCGACGCUCACCACGCACCUCUCUGAACACUGCUAAUCGGAGCAUUUUAUCCCAGAAAUCUUCAUUUCAUCCUUCUGUACUUUCAACAUCCAAAAUGAAUGUCAGGUUCUCAGAAGCCACAAAAGAUAAUGAACACAAACGCUCUCUUACCAAGACUCCAUCUAGAAUGUCUCCAUACAUGGAGGAGCUCUGCACACCUGACACUCAAAAGAGCUGCAAACUACGAAGUCAGAAGAACAGUAAGGGAAAUGCAAGAAAUAAUGAUCUGUCUGCAUCAAAGGUUCUUACCCCCUUCAAGUUUGGAGCUCAACCUGCAGAACCCACAAGUGGGAAGAAGACAUUUGAUCUCAAAGCCAGUCUCUCUCGGCCGCUUCGGUAUCAGCCGCACAAAGGACGACUAAAACCAUGGGGAGAAUUUAAGGAAAAUGCUGUUCUCAGUAGGUCUGGUGGUAUCUGUUCACACAGGAAAGAUUACAAACAGCCACAUCUCCAGACAAGGGAAGAAAGGCGUGAGAUGCUGGAGCAAGACAGAAAAGAGAAAAAGGCUCGUGCUCUUGGGAAACGUAGAGGCCUGUCUGGGUGUUAGGAUGAACAAGAAGUAUCCAAGACUUCACUGUAAAUACUGUUCCUCUCAUGUAAAGGCUUGUGCUCUGUGUAUGGUUCAGGUUGCUUUUAGCUAGUGGAAUCCAGAAAGCAAUUACUGAGACCUUGUAAUGUGCUCUGAGCAUAAUGAUGAUCAACUUCUCCACUGAGAGUUCUAACCUUUGAGGGGCUUAGAACUCUCUUGUUGCUUUGUAAUGUUUCCAUUUAACUAAUUUACUUGACUUAAAGAUGUUAAAGAAGAAAAUAUGAGUGGAAAAAAGAUGCUCGAGAAGCCUCCUUGCAACUUAGGACAGACUUGUGCAUCAGAAUGCACUUGUGUGCAGAAUCAGAAUGUGUGCUAGAAUGCAGGCUUUAGACAGCAGCAGCUUCAAAAUGUUCCCCAGUGUUCAAAAUGACAAGAUUUGGAAGUACCUGCUUGCCCUGUUCUCCAGGUCAAUCCUUAAAUGCUCUAAGUUACAGCAAUUAUUCAGCAUUUCUAAUCUAAUCCUAUGGAAUAGUAGGGAAUUUCAAAGAGAAGAAAAAAUAUGCAAGCUCUCUGGCAAACUAAUGUGUAACAUAAUUGUAAACUACCUUCUUGAAAAAGUCACAACUGAAUUUACAAAUUACCAGUUGAAUGCUUUGGUACAGUUAAGGUUUUCUUCCUUUCUAUGGUAAAUAGCAGAUGUUAAAAUUCUCUUGCUUUUCACCUCUAAGAUGCUUAGAAGAUGUCAGAAUUGUGUUGAGGUACACUCAGUACCUUGGUUUUAAAAGAAGCUGUUAUUUUUGCAUUUAAAAAAUACAUAGAAAAGUUGUCUGGAUUUUUUAGGGAUAGAAGUAGAAAGGUAAUUUAGCAGUUGUAAUCUCAGCUGUUGAGCCAAUAAAUGUUUCACUGAAUUUAGUGUCCCAUCAAAUAUAUGUUGCAAUGUCAAGAAAAAGCAAAUUUUUUAAUAAAGAAGACAAUAAAUGUUUUGUAUAGGU